AUGGGCGGCCGCAACAAGAAGCAGCGCGCGGGCAGCGCAGCUCAUGCGGCCGCUGCCGCCACCGCCCGCGCGCGCGUCGCUGCCGCCGCCGCGCAGCCCCCGCAGCGCGAGGGGGCCGCGCCCGCAGAGCCCCCCGGCAGGGCCGCCCCGCUCCGCCCCGCGCCCGCCGCCAAGGAACUGCGUGUGAAACAAGGUCCGAAAACGUAUAGUUUUAGUUCAACAACAGAUUCCGGGGCUGCUGCAAAUCUAGAUAAAUCUGUUCUUAAGGUAACGAUAAAUGGUAACUUGGAGAAAAGGAUUAUUGAUGUCAUCAAUGACCAUAAAACCCAAAAUGAUGACAAAGGAAUGAUUUCCAAAAGACUUACUGCAAAGAAACUACAGGAUGUAUACAUGGCUUUACAAAGGUUCUCUUUUAAGACUGAGCACAUUGAAGAAGCGAUGAAAAAUACACUUUUGUAUGGUGGUGAUCUUCACUCUGCCCUUGACUGGCUUUGUUUAAAUCUUCCUGAUGAUGCUUUGCCUGAAGGUUUUAGCCAGCAGUUUGAGGAGCAGCAGCAGAAACCAAGAGCAAAGUUUCGUUCUCCCGUGUCACAGCAUGAACCUCCGCCUCACUUAGUAGAUAACAAAAAGAAGGCAAGUGGCCCUGAAACUAAGAAGAUGAAUGUGGGGAAAGAGAAAGAAGUGAGUAUGAAGGAAUGGAUUUUGCGAUACGCCGAGCAACAGAGUGAUGACGAGAAGAAUGAGUCUUUGAAAGAGACAGCUGAGGAACAGUUUGACCUAAAUGAGAGGUAUAUACAUCUGUCUGCCAAGCUUUCAGAAGCAAAAGAACAAGGAAGCCUCUCCAAGCAAGACAAAGACAAGCAAGGCCAAAAGGCGGCACAGGAGAAAAUAAGAAGAAUUCAGCAAGAAAUGGGAGUACUUGAAGAACAUCCAGUAUUUAAUCCAGCUCUAAAGAUUUCAAACAAACAGGAAAGCGAAAAGAAAAAAACUCCCUCACCUCAGCCUCAAGAAACCACUUUCAAUUUGAGCUUGCUUGAAAAACCUGAUGGUGCUGCAAAGGAAGACAAAGUGAAAAAGAAAGAACCACUAGAUAUAAGAAACUUUGAUUAUAGUGCUCGAAGUUGGACUGGUAAAUCUCCAAAACAAUUUUUGAUUGACUGGUGCAGGAAAAAUUUUCCCAAGAGUCCAAAUCCUUCUUUUGAAAAAAUUCCUGUUGGAAAAUACUGGAAAUGUAGGGUCAGGAUUGUCAAAUCAUCAGAUGAUAUAAUGGCAAUGUGUCCUACAAUCGUAACAGAAGAUAGUAUGCAAGCACAACAUCUAGCUGCUACUUUGGCACUCUACCAUUUAACCAAAGGACAAUCAGUUCAUCAGUUACUGCCUCCUACCUACCGAGAUGUCUGGCUAGAAUGGAGGGAUAUUGAAAAGAAAAAGGAAGAAGAAAACAAGAUAGAAACCAACAAGCCUCGUGAUACCUUUAUUGCUAAAUUAUUAAACAAACUCAAAAAACAACAGCAGCUACAGUCUGAAGACCAGCCUAAAGUAUCUGAGGGUCCUGAAGAUUCCUGGGAAAACUUAGUUUCUGAUGAGGACUUCAGCAGUCUCUCCCUUGAGACCUCAGAUGCAGAUAGUUUGGAACCUUCAAGGAUUUUGUUCAAAAAGCUGCAAAGGUCCUCUAAAUAUGAGAAGCUUCUGAAAGAGAGACAAGAGUUACCUGUGUUUAAGCACAGAUGCUCAAUCAUAGAAACUCUUAAAAAACAUCGAGUACUUGUUGUGGCUGGUGAAACAGGCAGUGGGAAGAGUACCCAGGUGCCCCAUUUUUUGUUGGAAGACUUGUUGCUAGAUGAAGGAUCAAAAAAAUGCAAUAUUGUUUGCACACAACCCCGAAGAAUCUCAGCAGUGAGUCUGGCAACCAGGGUUUGUGAAGAGCUAGGCUGCGAAUCAGGACCAGGAGGAAAAAAUUCCCUGUGUGGAUAUCAAAUUCGUAUGGAAUCAAGAAUGGGAGAAGCCACCAGACUUCUGUACUGUACAACAGGUGUCCUGCUUCGGAAACUUCAAGAAGAUGGUCUUCUUUCAAGUAUAUCUCAUGUUAUUGUAGAUGAGGUACACGAAAGAAGUGUCCAGUCUGAUUUCUUGCUAGUUACUCUGAAAGAGAUCUUGCAUAAGCGCUCAGACCUGCAUGUGAUUUUAAUGAGUGCUACUGCAGACAGUGAGAAGUUUUCCAGCUAUUUCUCACAUUGUCCCAUUUUAAGGAUUUCGGGGAGGAGUUACCCAGUUGAGAUUUUCCAUGUUGAAGAUGUAAUUGAAGCAACUGGCUAUGUUCUGGAGAAAGACUCAGAAUACUGUCAGAAGUUCUUGGAGGAGGAGGAGGAAGUAGUAAUAAAUGUUACUGUCAAAGGAGGAGGCACUACAAAGCAUCAGGAAUAUGUCCCAGUCCAGUCUGGAUCUGGUAUUGAUUUGGCUCCUUACUAUGCGAAGUAUAGCAGUCAUACACAGCAGGCUAUCUUGUAUAUGAACCCUUACAAGAUCAACCUUGAACUUGUUUUGGAGUUGCUUUCAUACUUAGACAGAAGUCCCCAGUUCAAGAACAUCGAGGGUGCUGUGCUGAUCUUUUUACCAGGCCUUGCCCAUAUCCAACAGCUGUAUGAUCUCAUUUCAACUGACAGAAGAUUUAACUUGCGUGACAGGCACAGAUUAGUAGCUUUGCAUUCUGUUGUUUCAACUCAAGAUCAAGCAGCUGCAUUUACAAUACCUCCUCUUGGUAUUAGAAAGAUUGUUUUGGCAACCAAUAUAGCAGAGACGGGUAUUACAAUACCAGAUGUUGUCUUUGUAAUUGAUACUGGGAGAACAAAGGAAAAUAGGUAUCAUGAAAGCAGUCAGAUGAGUUCCCUGGAAGAGACCUUUGUUAGUAAAGCGAGUGCUCUGCAGCGACAAGGAAGAGCUGGACGUGUUAGGGAUGGGUUCUGCUUCCGAAUGUACACAAGAGAGAGGUUUGAAAGUUUCAUGGAAUAUUCUGUUCCAGAAAUACUGCGUGUGCCUUUGGAGGAAUUAUGCCUUCAUAUUAUGAAAUGCAAUCUUGGCUCUCCUGAAGAUUUUCUUUCCAGAGCAUUAGACCCACCACAGCAGCAAGUAAUUGGUAAUGCAAUGAAUCUAUUGAGGAAGAUUGGGGCUUGUCAUCUAAACGAGCCCAAGCUGACUCCACUGGGCCAGCACCUUGCAGCCCUUCCUGUUAAUGUAAAGAUUGGCAAAAUGCUUAUAUUUGGUGCUAUAUUUGGCUGCUUGGAUCCUGUGGCAACUCUGGCUGCUGUUAUGACAGAAAAAUCCCCAUUUACUACACCAAUUGGUCGAAAAGAUGAAGCAGAUCUUGCAAAAUCAUCUCUAGCUAUGGCAGUUUCAGACCAUAUAACAAUCUACAACGCUUAUCUGGGGUGGAAAAGGGCUCGACAGGAAGGGGGAUAUCGUGCUGAAAUGACUUACUGCAGAAAAAAUUUUCUGAAUAGGACUUCACUGUUAACUCUGGAGGAUGUGAAGCAGGAACUCAUAAGGGUGGUCAGAGCAGCAGGGUUCACAGCACCUACAACACAAUGUGGAUGGGAUGCAAAUGGAGUCACACAAUCCCUUUCUCUCAGUGAAAUAGCUCUUCUUAAAGCUGUGUUGACUGCUGGGCUGUAUGACAAUGUAGGAAAAAUACUAUAUAUGAAGUCUGUGGAUAUUACAGAGAAACUGGCUUGUACUGUAGAAACUGCUCAGGGUAAAGCGCAAGUGCAUCCCUCCUCUGUAAACCGCGACUUACAGACAUAUGGAUGGCUGCUUUACCAGGAGAAGGUGAGGUAUGCUAAAGUGUAUUUGAGAGAGACUACUUUAAUAUCCCCCUUUCCCAUUCUGCUUUUUGGUGGGGAUAUAGAAGUCCAGCAUCGGGAGCGUCUCCUGACAGUUGAUGGCUGGAUCCAUUUUCAGGCUCCUGUAAAGAUAGCAGUAAUUUUCAAACAGCUGAGAGUUCUUAUUGAGUCUGUUUUGAAGAAGAAGCUUGAAAAUCCCAAAAUGUCACUUGAAGAUGACAAGGUCUUACGCAUCAUCAAAGAACUGAUAAAAACAGAGAAUGGUAACUGAAACCAGAAAUCAGUAACAAACCAGAGCUUCAGUAAUGGCGGGGGAAAUAUGCACUCCAACGUUAACUGACAUUUAAAUGCUUAGUGUGGUUGCUACCAGCCAUGAUGGGGAUAGAUUGCAUGAUUUUGCAUAGGAUUUUGCAUAGGAUUAACCUUUCUCUGUAUGACUUUAAAGAUGAACAUUGGAUAUGUUUAGGAUUUAUAAUACAUUUGGUGCCAUUUGUCUGACUAUACCAAUGAUAGCUGCAAUCAGUUUCUUUUCAAUAUAGAAAUGGCUGUGAAUGAUUUUUCUUUCUCAGCUUAAUGUGCUAAUCAUACCAUCACUGGUGAUGUAGUAUGUAGUGAUGACUAAAGACUGUAUCUCAGUUGAGUAGAAUUCCAUUAGAGAUGUGCAAACAGAUGACAAAUGUUUCUUAUGUGGGUUUCCUAAGUGGUAAAUGUUUUUUUAAAAUAUGAAUUUACAGUAUUGAACCAAUACAUCUUAUAGAUGUCUUAAUUUUUCUGUAUGAUUUACAUUAGGAAAAUGCUCUGUAAGAUGAUAAUAUGGACUGCUGUGAACAGGUGCUCAGCUAGACAAGUGUACUAACCAGCAGCCCAUCCCAAACAGAGGAUGUGCCUCUUCUCACAGUUGUCCCUCCCUGAUCCUUGUCUCUCCCUGCAAUUGCAAUAUGUUUUGCUGCCCCUUCUGUAUGUUAAGGUUUUCACAGUGUUGCAAGCCCCCUUCAAAUGAUGAGCAUGUUUUUUUCCCCCUUUAUUGAUCAAAGUUCGGGUUACCCCUUUUGAAUGCUCUAUCAGAGCAGUUCCUGGUGGAAACUUUCAGUGGCAGACACCUUCUGGUCUUCACUGUUCUCUCUUACCACCUGCUCACAGUGAUUGUAUCCUGUGAUAGCGAUCCUUUGUUUCUUAUUUUUUUGAUACUGAAAAAUCCUUAACCAGAUAGCUUAAGGAACCAGAUGCUCUUACAUUCUGCCUGUCCACACUAUUUGCAAUUAUGAAGCGCAAUUUUAGAUCACCAAUUCUGCUUUCAAGAAUGACGAAUGUAUUGGUGGGGAAGGUUUGCAAUUGAAUAAUUGCAGUCAAGUAGGAACUGUAUGUACAGACAGAGGAACAGUGUAGAUGACAACUUCUGUUUAAUCUGAAAAAUAAAGAUUUUGUACAGCAGAAGUUAAUAGUGUCCAGAAAGGACACUAUUUUGCAUAAAAAUGCAAAAUACAUGGAGCCUAUCCAGUUAGGUUAUCACAGCACAACUGGUAUUGCUGUGCUGAGAGAAACAUAAGCUGAAAAUAGACCAGCUUGUGGAUGUUACCCUAUACUUAGUUCAGGAAGAGACAAGUUGUAAUAGGAAUUUAUUAAGAACUUUGAAGGAAAAGUGAUCACAUCUGUUAUUCAUUUAUGCGUUGUGAUAAACUAGUGGUAGUCUUGGUUUCAUAGAUGAGACAGAAACUGGGUUCUGGAUUGUUUUUUAACACAUUUAGGCAAGGAAGCAUUUAAACAGUUAAGUUUUGAUCUUAAGACCUUAUUUUUACUUUCUGUAUUCCCACACAUUGAAAUAAAAACCUGCAAACUAUAUUCACUGAAGAUAUGAACUAAAUCUGCACUCUGAUAAUUUCGUAUGUUUUGUUUCACUUGAGAUCUUUUAUUUGUGUCCUUUGGAAACAUGAACUAGAAAAAAUAUUUCAGUAAUUCAGUAACUAACAAGCUCCUCUUCCUUUUGGAUUUGAAUUUUGCAUAUCAGUUGUUGGUCUUAAAUUGCUAAAUCCUAGGAAAGUGUGAAUUGUCCUUGAGUUCUCCCUUAUUCAACUGUGAUGAACAGAGAGCUUUUUUCCUAUGUAUGGAUAGUAAUGUUGAAAUUCAGUUAUUCUUUGUGUUCCUCUAGCAUGCCCUGAUGAACUAAAAUAAGGGGAUAUUUUGUAAUAAAUAGGAAAUUCCACGGUCUUCUGAGUGAGCAACAGUUUUCUGCAAAACAGAUUAAGGAAAUCACACUGUGGUGAUUUAAGCACAGUUAUCUUAAAACAAACAAACAAAUACUAUGGUGGCUUUCUACUUCUGCAGUAUACAUGAGCAACUUUUGGGCCUGUGCUCUUUUGGCUGGAUGAACUUUCUCUUUUGCUUGAUUUAUUUAAUAAAGACUUCUGUUAACACUGUUA